UUCUGGGUUCUCUAUUCUGUUCCAUUGGUCUGUAUGUCUGUUUUUGUGUCAGUACCAUGCUGUCUUUGUGAUCACAGCUUUGUAGUAUAGCUUGAAAUCAGGCAAUGUGAUGCCCCCAGCAUUCUCAUAUAUUCUUGAACAAAACCCUCUCCUCUAUCUGAGCAUGGGCAACUUUGGGAGAGAGGCAUUUGGAGAGAUGAGGAAGCAAGGAUCACCUUCCUAGCCAAUAAAAUAACUGGUCAACAGGAUGGUGUGAGUCAGAGCCUGAUCUCCUUCACAUCCAGGUGUUUUUAUGCGCAUACGGUACUGAGAAUACAGUGCAUAGCUCAUGCGUUAGCACAUUGUUUGGACCAUCAGUACAAAACAAACGGUGUCUGCAAUGUCCAUAGGAGCUUUCAUCUCUUCUGGGUGGGGAGCAAAGACUACAUGAAGCUCCAGCUAACCACUUAGGACAACCAGUUUCUCUGAGUGGAAACGCAGUUAAGUUCACGGCUGAGUGGUCCCUAGUGUAUGGGCAAAAGUUUCCAAAGAGAUGAAACUUGAAGCAGAACCUACAAGAAUGUUUAUUAUUAACUUCACCUCCACUAUUUCCUGCUUCUUACCAUUAGUGGAUCCUAGCAGCUGGUUUUGCUGUCUUAGAAUAGAGAAUACUUAUGGAGAGCUUAAUAAUACGAACUCUGAUGUUUUGUGCGUUUCUGCUUGAAAGUUAACUUCUCUGAAUUCCAAAGAUCCUAAUAAUAGAAAACUGUUAACUUCUCUUUGAGCAAGUGUAGCUGUCCUGUUCUCCUGACAGUUUUUCUUCUUCCCCAGUUAGAUUAUAAAUACAUGGGAGCCUGGGACCAUGUGUUUCUUAUCCUUACUUUGUAAUUCCCUAUGGAUAAGACUGGCCCCGCUUCGUACAUUGUAAUCUAAUCACUUACUAAGAGGUCUCUGUAUUUGCUGAAGGUGAUGGAUUAGCCUUUCAAGCGCCCCAGCCCCAGCAGUGCCGGUUGUCUUGGGCAUUCCCAUCACCUGCCUUCUUCUGAUCUCUAUUUCUCUUCCAACCAACUACGCUCCUGCUUUUUUUCGUUGAUCACCCCAUUUCCAUAGCAUAUUAAAUAUACUUUUACGGAGAUGUCAAGACUCCCCUUAAGAAUCUGGGCUUUUAUUUGUGACAGCACAUAUGCAUUAACAGGAGAUAGGCAUGUGGGCAGAUGAUAUCUGACCGAGUACAGAGAAAGCCUUAAUCGAGAGCACCCAAGUUAAUUUUAAAACCCACCUUUUUAAUUUAGUAAAUGUGUUUAGCUACUGUUUUAACUCGGUAAAUGUAAUCUUUCCUCAAAUUCAGUUGAAUUCACUUUUUUCCAAUUCACUAAAAAUAUUUUUAUUCAGCUAUUGUUUUUAGACAACUGAUGAACGUUUCUCUGUGGUUCUCUUUUGCAAAUGGACUGGUUUCAAUAUGUGGACCUUAAUUUAUUUAAUCGCUCUCUUUUAUUCUUUGUGAUCCGCCUUUCUAUCUGUUUGGCAGAUACUGGUUGCUUUGUAGUUUUGAAAAAAAAAUAGCAUGUAAGUAUACCUGGAAAGAACAGAUACCAGCAAAAUUAUUCUUAGGUGAAAUUUUGUAACUUGUAAACUGUUUUUCAUAGACUAUCAUCUUGAAACCUACUUCAAAGCAAACAUGGAAGUCUUUUCACCAUCAAUGCUACACAGAUUCAUUUAUUUAAUAUUAGACAAAUACUGAUUAACUUCCUGCUCCGUGCCAGAUAUAGUUCCAGGUGGUGAGGAUCUAGCAUUGAACCAGACAGACAAGAACCUUGCUCUUUGCCACCACACGUCCUAGCCGGGGCCGCAGCAGAGAUGCAGACAACAGUCACAUAUGCAGCCUGUCCAGGUGGCAGCUGACUUCCCAAUUCUUUUUCCCUUUACCAGUACUUCAAAGCCACAUCUAUAACCUUGUUACCUAUAGUGUUGUGUUGUAUCUAGUCUCACAGGACUACUACCUCCAUCUAGUAAGAGCUGUUUAAGGGCCUUGUUCUAGUAUGGGAGAGAAAGAAUGGAAGGGCUUCUGGCAGAGUCAAGUUGCUUGUUAAGCUGAAACUAAACGUGCUGUACUUUCAGAAUUGUAAAGGUGAGAAUUCAUUCACUCAUUCAGCAAACAUUUGUUGAACCAUAUAUCAGUCAGGGUUCUUUUAUGUUCCAGGCUUUAUAGCAUCUACGUGUCCUUAAGUACCUCAUACUCUAGAUGGAGGGAGAGAGACAUAAAAUAAAUAAUUACUGAUAAAUGUUACAAUAAAAACAUAUAUCAAGUACAAGGGGAGCACCACAAAAGCAGAGGGGUAGGUUUCACCAUAAGGUCGCUUCUAAACUGCAUCUUACAGGUGGCUGGAAAUAGAGCAUGCUUCUUUUUAAUCAGGGAAUGUUUACUGAACACCUUCUGUAAGCCAAGCACAGUUGUAGGCACCAUAGACACAGCAGUGACCUGGACAAAGUCCUGCUCUCUUUGCAGCAGAGAAACAUACAAUAAGCAUAUAGACAAAUAAUUAUAUAUUAAUAUAUAUAUGUUAAUAACCACAAAACAAAGCUUAAUAAAGGGAACAGAGCAUGACAAGGGAUACUGUUUUAGAUCAGAUAGUUAGAGAAGGCCUCUCUAAUGAGAUGACAUUUGAUUAGAAUCCUGAAUGAAUGAGAGAAUGAGACCAAAAAGCAAAGGGAAGCCAUUUCAGACAGAGGGACCAGCAUGACUAAAGGCAUAAUAAUCAUGAAAAGCAUGGCCUCUUCAGUGCAAAGUGAGAUAUUCUCACCAAGCAUGGAGUAUGACAGGGUACAGGGAUUUGGGGAGAGUGUGGUAGAUGAGGCUGGGAAAGAAGGGAAGAAGGGAGGUGGGAGGAAGAAAUGGGAAAGGUCAAGAACUGUUUCUAGGUCUAAACUUGGGUGACUGAAUGGCUGAUAAUGCCAUUAACCAGCUCAGGGAGCCCUGGAGGAGAGGCAGGUUUAGGAACGCAAAUAAUGAAUUUGAUUUGGGGCAGUGGGAAAUACAGAACUGGAUAUUAGAAGUCAGGGCUAAAAUACAGAUUUGGCUGUUACCAGCAUUUCCUGGAAAUUUAAAAAGAAGGAGCAAGAAGAGUAGUCAACAUUGUCAGAUACUACAGAGAAGUUUAAUAGGAUGAGAAUUUUUAAAAGGCCAUCAGAUUUGACAUUUGGAAGGUUGGCAAUGACUUCAAGAAGACCAAUUUCAGUAGAUGUGGGUAGGGCAAAGCCACAUCAUGGUUUAGUUGGAAAAUGAAGGGGUAAGAGGCUGGGAUUGUCUGGCCGAGAUCACUGUCUUCCCCACUUCCCAAAGCCUUCCCUGGAAGCUUUGAACCUAAGGUCAGAUCUUCUCCCACUCCCUCCUUAACUUUGUCCACUUAAGGCCUAGGACUGGAUGCUUGAGCUGUGGAUAUGAUGGAGGGACAAAUAUUCUCAGAUCCUUGGGUCUCUGAUGAGAGAGGGACCAGGGAUAGGGGAGCCUAAUAUUGGUGAAUCACGUAUUGAAGGAAGCAUCUUCGAUGGGGAACAGCAGGUCAGGCCCAUUCUGAGACCUGUCUCCAGAGGGGGAAGAAAGAUGAAACAAAUAGGUCUCUACCGUGUGUGGAGACUACACCAGGAAGCUGAGGUGAGAUGCAGAGCAAACAACUGGAAGGGUUGGGAGUGGCGGAGGAAACGGGACAUAAUUAAUCAAGAAAGCCCUAGUGAGAGAGUACAGUCUGGCAAAGCAAGGGGGUUGGGGGUUGAAGCUGAUAGUGAACUGAUGGGCAUUAGAAGAAAUUUAGGCAGGGAUGCUUAGGUUUCUUAAGGCAGAGGAACUGAAGAUGUGCAAAGGAGAGGCUGUUGGCAGUGUCGUGACCACAAUGAUAGCAGUGAGGGGACAGUUAAUGAACUGAGGGGUAGUCCCAGCAAUGCCUGGCAUAAUAGAUGUUUAAUAAAUAUUUGUGAACCCAGAAGGGGCUGUUCCUCCACAGAUAAGGUGGAGGAAAGGGAUGAGAUACCAGAGUUCUGAAGUGCUGUUAGUAAAUGCCUAGGUUCCUUUCUGGGAGAGGAUGGAGGUGGUGCCUAAGAGAUCCCAGAACCCUUAGAAGUCUAAACCCGAAAGAGACUUGUACCACGGAAGGACGUGGAAGCAUAGACCAGGGUAGGAAACACACUUCUUUAAUUCUGGAGCCGCAAAGGAUUACCCGGAAGUCUACCAGACUUUCCCACCACUGCGCACUCCGGGCCUGUUUCUCUCAACUGCACCUCCAUCUCUGCCCACUGGGGGGCGGGGCUCGAGGGCAAGGCUGGUGGCUGCUCUGAAGCCUCGAGAGCCAUCAGUUUCUACCAGACUCCCUGCUUGGGUGUGGUCUUACCCCAUGGCCCGACACAGGCCCUCAAACUUCUUCCCACUGCCAGACAGUGGUAGGGGCGGGCCCAGAGGGACAGUGCCUGUGCGGGUUGACGCUCCGGUCUGGUUGAGCGUCCAGGCGGCUCCCAGCAUGCUGAUGGUCCUGCCAGGGACCGGUCUGGGGGCCAGCCCAGGCCCUGAAGGGUGGGAGGUGCCCCUGGGUCCACCGCCAUACAAAUUCUACAGCGGGAUGGCACCCUCCAGGCCCAGGGUCGGAGCUGGCGAGGCUGGGCCCCGGUUCCUGGGCCCCUCGGAGGGCGCCUUCCAGAGGCCCUACAUUGCCCUGCGGAGCUCCCCGACUUUGGUGCUGCCAGAGGACGUCUCGGCUGUAGAGAAAGAGGUGGAGCAGCUGUCCAAGGAGCUGAGGCAAAAGAGGAUGGCCCUGGGAUACUCGCAGGCCGACGUGGGAUUCGCCAUGGGGGCUCUUUUUGGAAAGGUGCUUGGCCAGACAACCAUCUGCCGCUUCGAGUCCCGGCAGCUCAGCCUCGCCAACAUGUGGAAGUUGCGACCGCUGCUGAAAAUGUGGCUGGAGGAAGUAGACAGCAAGAACUUUCUGGGCUUAUGCAAAAUGGAGAUGAUCCUGCAGCAGGCUCGGAAACAGAGACGGGCAAGCAGGGAGAGUCGCAUUCGAAACAAUCUGGAGCAACUCUUCUUGCAGUGCCCGAAGCCCACACCCCAGCAAAUCAGCUGCAUCGCUGGGCAGCUCCGGCUGCAUAAGGAACUGGUCCGAGUUUGGUUCUAUAACCGGAGCAAGAUGGGUGGUCAGCCAACCAUUGAUUUCUCCCCACGGGAGGAUGUGGGGGCAGCCGGGCCUCCUUUCCCAGGGGGACCAGUAUGCUUUCCCCUAGCAUCGGGGCUCCAUUUUGGUUCCCCGCGCUAUGAAGAGCCAUACUUUAUACCCAUGUACUCCCCUACUCCUUUCCCUGUGGCAGGGACCCUCCUCUCUGCCCCCGCCACUGCUCCGGGCCACCCUAGGCUUUCAAAAUGAGGGACCCCGCCCUUCUGGGGAGGGUUGAACUGGGGAAAUGGGUCUCUGAGGUUCUUUUCAGGGCUGUUAACAUUAAGAGCUCCAUUCACUGUCUAAAGAAGUUAAGAAUACCUAAGGGAUGAGUUGGGAGUUGUUUAUGAAAUUUGGGGGAGGGAAGUUGAAGUUUGUUAACUCCAUUGUUUUUAUCUAGCAUUGAUUUUAAGGUGCAUUACAAUACAUAUGUGGUUUCGGA